UUAUGAAAUUCACUUUGAGUAGAUUGCAUUGAGAAGGUCUCGCGUCGUCCAUAUAUGUAUCAAAUAAUGUACGUAAUUAUGCAGAAUAUGUACGAAAUUAACUGCAAGAUCGUCACUUGGUUUUCAAUACGAUAAACGUCUUUCGUUAUAAUACUGAUCGUCUAAAAAUUUGUUGGUUAUGACAGAACGACAGAUAAAUUUUCUUAUUAUAUUAAUGACAGUUUGGUUGAUGCAUGAGACAGCCAGAAUCGUUAAUGGCAUGAAGUAAAUUUCUCGCAUUAAGGUGAUUUGUCUAACCUUCCUGUUCCGGAGUGCUGCUGAUGGUGAAAGGAUGCCAUUCGUACCGGGCGAUGGCGGGAACGUUUACGAAAACGUAAUCGCCAGGAUGAAAGUCAAAAUGUAGCGGCCUUUUGAUGACUAAAUGCGUGACUUUCGACGGCAGUAAGAGACCGGAACUGAUAUGCAAUAACAAAAGACAACUAGCGAGAUGAUACGGGAAUAAGAGGGGUGCCGCACAUGUGCAGUUGAUUCCCAUCCUCAACGCCCUUCUAACCAACUUCUGGUCCAUGAAGGGACGCUCUGGAUUUAGUAGAGACGACCGUUUCGAUCGGCAAUGAUCGAUGACAGAAAAUCUGUGCGCGUGGAGGGCUGACUAAAUCAGAUGCAGCCAAUCGUGACUCCCCAUACUUUCCGUUCAUCGUCUCUUCAGUUCUGAACACUACUUCUUACUAAUUCCCCGUACAGAGACGUUAAAUAUGUUGUCGGACAAACUGAAAGGCAUCUGCGUGAAGAUCUUCUUCGUUUUUUAUACGUCGGGAGUGAUUGAGUGCUACAACGUACCAUGCACGUUCAACACAAUGUGCAUGUGUUGGGUCCAGGACGAUCAGGAUUUCACGAAGAUGAACAUCGCCUGCAUGGGAACACCUUUUGCCAGAUUUCCCGAUGUUUCAGUGAGCUAUGUGGCUCAAUUGGUGGUAGUCGGUUCUGGAUUGCAGACGUUGGAUAACGACGCACUGACGAGUUCGGUUGACGUCGAAGCUUUGGUAUUGAUGAACAAUCGACUAUCCAACAUCGCUGAUAAGUCCUUUUCAGGUAUUGCGGACAAAUUGCGUUCAUUGGAUCUGAGUUACAAUGCCCUGGAGGACGUACCUUUCGAGGCCUUUCGUGACCUGAGAAAAUUGAAAUGGCUCAACAUGGAGAGCAAUUAUCUAACAUCGUUGGACGGUGAUUGGGGCCACGCAAAGGACAUGCUGACAGACGCAUUUUUUAGCGACAAUUCGAUCAUCCACAUACCUAAAAGUUUCUCCACGUUCGAGUCUCUGGUCAGGCUGUACUUGGAUAACAAUAACAUCGAGGAAAUUUCGGAAGACAGUCUGCCACCCAAGAUUCACACGCUCAGUCUGAACAGCAAUCUCCUCAAGAAUUUCCCGUCGUCGUUGAAAACAUUGAAAGCCCUCACGCUGUUGCAUUUAAGGGGCAACGAUUUUAAGUACCUCGAGUUGCCGGAUUUUCAAAGCUCGAACUUGGAAUUAAUCGACGUCAGCGAGAAUUCCAUCGAAUGGAUCUGCGCGCCCAGUUUGGCCAAUCGUACUUUAAAGAUCAAGGACUUCAACAUGGACAGUAACAAGUUGAAUUCGUUGCCUGCUGGGAUUUUCGAUCAUUUGGAUAUCAAGAGGAUCCAUUUGUCCUCGAAUUCGAUCAAGAACGUCGACGACGAUGCGUUUCGAGGGCUCGAGGACAGCUUGGAGUACUUGAAUCUGGAAAACAACGAUCUGCCAAAUGUUCCUGGAGCCGUCAGUCGGUUGAAGAAGUUGUCCUACUUGUAUCUAGCCGAUAACGACAUAAGAAAUAUUUCUGGGGACGCUUUUCAAGAGUUUGGCGAAGACUUGCGAGUUCUUUCGCUCGCCACUAACAAUUUGGACGCGGUUCCUGUUGCAGCUUUAUUACGGUGCGUGAGGCUAUUACACCUGAAUCUCGAUUACAACAAGAUCUCGCACGUUCAACCGGGCGAUUUCGAGUGGGCAGAGGACCUUGAAAUUUUGCUGCUUAGGAACAACGUGUUAACGAAAUUGAGCGGAGAAACGUUCAAGGGAGCAAGCAGACUGCACGAACUCAGCUUGUCUUUCAAUCAUUUAACGGAGCUGGACGACGACUGCUUCGCAGGCAUCGAGAAGAGUCUCGGCAUUUUGGAGUUGAGUUUUGCGUUCGCCACCGACGUGUUUCCGCAACGAGCCCUCAGGCCUUUGUCGGAGCUCUACUGGCUAGAUUUGGACAAUAAUAAUUUCCAGACCAUCGAAGCAACAGCGUUUUACUCGUUCCAACGGUUACGAUAUAUCAAUCUAGAGUCGAAUCGGUUGCACUAUCUGCCAGAGCGUAUAUUCUUAUCGAGCGUGCAUCCCGAACUGACGGACGUCAAGCUCGGUUACAAUUUUCUGGAGGCCAUUCCGGAGUUCAGCUUCCACAAUUUGACCAACCUGACGGCUCUGGAUCUGACUGGAAAUCGAAUAAAGGUCCUUGGUUCCGAGUCGAUUCUAGACUGUCCGAAACUGGUAACGUUAUCGUUGGCUUACAACAGGAUCUCGCGAAUGGAGAAGAACGCCUUGUACGGUCUGCCCAGUCUGCGUUUCCUUCACCUGGAGUUCAAUAAAUUGACCGCUUUAGAUCUAGACGCGAUCUCCGAGAUCGGCGGGCUGGAUUUCGCACUGAACGUAUCCUAUAACGCGAUCUCAGUCCUGAAUUCCGGAAGUUCGAUAAACAAUCUGACGAGAUUGGAUUUGAGCUUCAAUAACAUCAGCCAGCUGCCUGUCGACACGUUUUACAACACGCCCGAUUUAAGGAGCUUGGACCUUCAGAGUAAUUUCAUCGCCGCUCUCGAACCAGGCACCUUUUUCGGGCUGAGUCGUUUGGAAACGCUGAACCUGCAGGACAACAAGAUAGAGAGUUUAAGAAAACAGUCGUUCCACGGCUUGAGUUUGUUACAACAAUUGGAUCUGAGCGGAAAUUUGCUAAAUCAGCUGCCCACCGAGCAGUUCCGAAACUUGAAGAAUCUGCGGAUCUUGAAUCUGUCCGACAACAAGAUCAGAUCUUUACCCAGAGACGUUUUCGAGGGUACAAAGUUGGAGAUAUUGGAUCUAAGCCGCAACAAAUUCACCGUAGUUCCAUCGCCGUCUUUCCUCGAAGUCGGUUACACGUUGAGGGAUUUAGACAUGGCGGACAAUUUCGUGGAUCACCUCGAUUCCACCGCGUUUCCAACUUCCCAAUUGGUCUCCUUGAAUCUGGCGCACAACAGGCUGACGAUCCUGCCGGACAAUUCGUUCGUCUCGCUGGGAAAGCUUCUGCGAUUGAACAUGUCACAGAAUAUCCUGCAAACGAAUUUUAAAGAGCUUUUCCACUAUCUGCCCGGGCUGAGGCAGCUCUACCUGACCAACUGUAGCUUUAGAGAUAUUCCCCUUCUGCCUCUGACGAAUUUGAACGUCUUGGAUUUGUCCUUUAACUAUAUAGAUUCGACGCCCGACAAGCAGUUCCAAUACUUAAAGAACCUGAAAGUCCUUCUACUGGUGAACAACUCGCUGACUUCUAUGCCGAAUGUUAAGUUGAAUCUCCUAAGGGAGCUGGACGUUUCCGGAAAUCCGAUAGAGAAACUGACGAAAGAGAGCUUCAUGGGUUAUCCGAGGCUGGAGGAUCUGAAGUUGAGGAAUCUAAAUAGAACGAGGUCGGUGGACAAAGACUGUCUUCGCGUCUUAAAAUACCUGAAGCAUCUUCGAAUUCAAACGUGGCCCGAAGCGGAAGGAUUCCAUCUUCGAUAUCUGUUAACUGGAUUACCGUUGAGAACCGUAGAGAUACAAGUUACAGAAUAUUUGUUGAAGCAUCAAAUACAAAACGCCUUUACAAAGCAGCUCAGAGAAUUAACGAUCUCCGGGAACGAUCUCGAAGUGAUUUCAUCGGAAGCGUUCUCCACCAUCGAGGGCGGUGAAUUGAUACUGCGAAUCAAGGACACGCGAGUUCGCAGACUUCAGUCGGAUAUUUUUCUCUCUCUGACGAAGACGCUGUCGCGACUCACGCUGGACUUGAGGAAUAAUCACAUAAACGAGCUCAGUCCGUCGGUUAUUUACGGGAACCUAUCGUGGGAAAGUGUUGGGACCAAUAUGGUGGUUGGGGGUUUACAGGUAUCGGGGAAUCCCUUGGAAUGCGAUUGCGAGAUCGCUUGGCUCAGUCUGUGGUUACGAAGAUGGCUUCGCGAAUCUCGCCAGAUCCACGUUGCUUCUCAGUACGAUGCCAGGCAAUUGAGAAUGAUCGCUGGAAGAGCCGUUUGCACAGAGACCACACCAUCCGAUUCGUCCGACAAGGUUCUUUUGACACUAGGGACUCCCCACACUGCCUGCCAAGCGUCAGCCCUUAGCUCUGGCAACUAUGAAAGACUGGCCACUACUUGGUUGGCCAUAGUCCACAUUAUUCUUUUAACGAUCAUAGCCAAUUGAGUUAAAUUCGAUAAAUCACCUUCGAUUCAACGAAUUUUCGAUUAUCUAUUAGGAUGGUCCAUACGUUCAUGCGGUUUUUCUGUGUUUCCAAGGUAUUCCACUGCUCCCAUUGUUUUUUUUAAGCGCUAGAGCGUAGUUUAAUAAUAGCAUAUUAUCAACCAAAUUACACGAUACUUUCAAAGUUUAUAUUUUUGUAAAAUUUUGCAAUAUCGACCGUUUUUAGCAACUUUUGCAGUUUAUAAAGUCUUUGAAGGUCCUUUACUUAUCGCUGUUGGGUUUCGUCUACAGUUUAACGUAAUAGCAAUAACCAGUUACUUUGUUUGGUAAACGGUUUUACUAAGAAGUUUUUCAUCCAAUGAAAAGAAAUAGAAAGCUUUUGACGUUAGUUCAGAUAGAACUUGUUAACGUACGAGCCACGAAUAUUAUUUUUACGAGUGGGAUCAAAUUUGAUACUGGUGAUACAUUCAACAAUUUGCGAUUUCUAUACAUUUGCGGAAUAAAAAAAAAAAUAAUAGAAAACUUUGUAUUAAACCGCAAUAUGGAUCAGCUCAGUUUUGUAAUUAUAGUUUUACCGCAUAUCGAGAUACUAAAUAUCCAACGACCAUUAAAAAGUACGUGUGCAUUAAAAACAGAAGGAAAAGAAAAAUCAUAUUCGUGAAUGCGAAGCAUGUAUGUACAUACUUAACGUAGAGUAAUGCUUUUCCUUAAGACUAUAAACAUAUUCCGAACGACUAAAAAAUGGUAAUUAUUAGACACGGUAUAAUUACUCCGAAUUGCCGUUCUCGUCGGAUUUGGAAAAUAAAAGAGACGAGAACGAGCUUAGACCAAAUAUUAAUAUAAUACAA